AUGAAACGUUCUCAAUUUAUUCAUAAAAAUCCUUAUUCGUUUGUUUUGGCUGAUGGUGUAGCACUUUUUCAAGUGCUUGGAACUAUUGAAUUAUCAAUUCAAUUUGUCAAUAUGACAACAACAAUUCAAGCUCAUAUUGCUCGAAAUCUAUGUGCCGAUAUGAUCUUAGGCAUGGAUUAUAUCAAUAAAUACAAUCUUAACAUCGAUGUUAAACAGCAAACUAUUGCUAUUGAAUAUAACAAUCGAAUAUUAACAAUGAAUAUUGAUCAAGAUUUCGAACUACACAAAAUUCCUGUUACUUCUUCUAAAGCAAUAUAUAUACCUCCGCAUUCCAAUCGUUCAUCAAAUGUUUCUAUACCUAUCUCAUCUGUCUACUCCUCACAUGUUUAA